AUGAGUGGGUCUGAGGCGUCCAAAUCUGAUGAAUUGAUUAGAGGUAAAUGCGUCAUUAAUAAUAGAUUAUGCGAUGUUCUAUUUGAUUCUGGUGUCACACAUUCCUUUGUUUCUAUGGAUUGUGUGAAUUGUCUUGGACUGCCAAUAUCUUCCCUGCCAUGUAAUGUUGUUGUGCCUACUCCUACAACUAAGCUUGUUGUGAAUUCUUCUGUGUGCUUAGGUUGUUCUGUGAUGAUUCAUUGUAGAAAUUUUUGCAUGGACUUAAUCUGUUUACCGCUUUCUCAACUUGACGUUGUUUUUGGCAUGAAAUGGUUGUCAUCCAAUCGUGUUUUGUUAGAUUAUAAGAAGAAAGCUUUAAUCUUUGGUGAUGAUAUACCGAAAAAAUCUAGACUCCUAAAUAUGGGUGAAGCCAGAAAUGUGAGUAAAGCUAAGGCUUUUAUGGUAUUGCUUUCUGCUGAGGUUGAUAAGGCCGUGAAAGCUGAACAUAUUCCAGUAGUGCAAGAUUUUCUAGAAGUUUUUCCAAAAGAUGUAACAGAACUACCACCAGAAAGAGAAAUUGAAUUCACUAUUGAUUUGAUUCUGGGAGCAAGCCCAGUAUUUAUCGCACCAUAUUGGAUGUCACCAAUGGAAUUAACCGAGGUGAAAAAGUAA